CUUACAAGUAAUUGAAAAAUGCACGCAAUGAAGAAGAAGAUUUUAUACUUUGCUAUAAUUUCUCGGAUGUUACUACUAAUUUUACAAUUCCUUUUUAAUAUUAUAUUUCCCGAUCACAAUGCAGAUGCUUUUAAAAGUCCUCCUGAUAUUAACGAACAUGUUUCUAAUUAUGACAUUACAAUUAGGUUUUUAUUCAAUGGUUUAAUAAAAUGGGAUGCAGAAUAUUUCAUACACAUAGCAAAGUAUGGAUAUACUUAUGAAAACAUGCUUGCUUUUUAUCCAUUAUAUCCUGGAAUUAUUCGAAUUACUGCGAUAAUAAUAGGAAAGAUAUUUUUUGUAUUUAACGUUCACAGCUCUUUGAUUCUUGCAGCUGUAUUAAUUAAUUAUUUAUGUUUCAUUAAAUCGGUAUCUAUUUUUUUUGACCUUAGUAAAUUGGUAUUAAAAAAUACUAAUAUAGCAUAUAAAGCGGCGAUAUUAUAUUGCAUAAAUCCGGCUAGUAUAUUUUUUUCUGCCGCAUAUACCGAAACUAUUUUUGCAUAUUUCACUUUUUAUACCAUGCUAGAAAGUAUACAAAAUAAUUUAUUUACAAUUGUUCCCUUAGGAUUGUCUACUCUUGUAAGAUCGAAUGGCAUUGUAAACGUCGGUUUUUUAAUAUAUUUUAGAUUUAAAAAUAUAUUUAAUGCGUUAACGUUAGAAACCAGUUCGAAAAAAGAUCAUAUUUCUAUUAUAAAAUUAUGUAAUUUAAUUGUAAAGAAAAAAUGUAUGCUAAUUGUAAGUAUAUUUAAAUUGUUGAUAAUAGUCAUUUUAUCUUUCAUUCCAUUCAUAGUCUUACAAAUAUAUAAUUAUAUGAUAUUUUGUAAAAGCGAAUUAAAUAUGUCGAUAUUACCAAAACAUAUUGUAGAUUAUGCUAGACAAAAUAAUUUAAUAUUGCAAUACAAUGGUACUUCUUCUACAUGGUGCCAAGCACAAAUACCCAUGGCUUACUCAUACGUACAAGAAAAAUACUGGAAUAUUGGUUUUUUAAAUUAUUAUAAAUUAAAGCAGAUUCCCAAUUUUAUUUUAGCUUUACCGAUAUUAUACAUUAUGAUCAAAUGUAUCAUGGAAUUUUAUUCGGAACAUAAAAUGCAAUUCUUUUCUUUAGGACUUGUAAAUAUAAAAUAUGAAAAAAAUAAAAUAGAAAAAAAAUAUCCAGCUGAGAUGUUUGUAUUUGUAAUACAUGGAAUAUUUUUAACAAUAUUUAGUAUUUGUUUUGUACAUAUUCAAGUAAGCACACGUUUAUUAUGUUCUGCUAGUCCUCUUGUUUAUUGGUAUUGUGCAUUAUCUUUAUCUCGUGUAGUAAAGUUUGAUAGUGCGAGUGAUUCGAUAUGCAAACGUAAACAAAAUUUUCUUUUUAAUUCGAAAACAUUAUUUUUAUUUAAACAAAACUAUACUAUAAGAGAUAAACUUAUAUUACUAUAUUUUUUAGGAUAUACAAUCAUAGGAUGUUUCAUGUUUGUAAAUUUCUUACCAUGGACAUGAUUACACAUAACUCGAAAUCUUUGUAUAUUAUUUAUAUAUAGAAAAAUGUACAAAUAUAUAUAAUAUAUAUAUAUAUAUAUAUAUAUCUAUA